AUAUUGCCCAGUCGAAUCAACCCUGCACGCCGCAGCUGCGAGAUUUAGGUGGAAAAGUAUUUGCAAGGAAUAAGCAAUGGCCUCUAUUAACAAAUUAGCACUUUUGAGCCGCUCACUCAGCUCCGCUGCUGCCCAGCAGGUGGUGAAGCCACCAAUCCAAUUGUUCGGAUUGGAGGGCCGUUAUGCCACCGCUCUGUAUUCGGCGGCCACCAAAUUGAGCCAAUUGGAUCAGGUGGAAAAGGAUUUGACCGCUCUGCAGUCGACCAUUAAGGCCGACAAGAAGCUGCGCGAACAAGUCACUAGCCCCAUCAUCAACAAGAAGGUAAUGGCCACUGCUCUUAAAGAAGCUGCCGCAAAGCUGAAAUUUGCACCAGCCACAGCCAAUUUGUUGGGUCUUUUGGCUGAUAAUGGACGCUUGAAGAAGUUGGACACAGUUAUCAGUGCCUUCAAGACCAUUAUGGCUGCUCACCGUGGUGAGGUUGUCUGCGAAGUUAUCUCGGCCAAGCCUCUAGAUGCUGGACAGAACAAGCAAUUGGAGGGUGCCCUCAAGUCUUUCCUGAAGCCCAACCAGUCGCUGAAGAUCACCUCUCGCGUGGAUCCCAGCAUUAUUGGUGGACUGAUCGUGUCCAUUGGCGACAAAUAUGUCGACAUGAGCAUUGCCACCAAAGUGAAACUCUACACAGACGUCAUUCAAUCCGCCGCUUAAGCUUAAAGAUUCAGUGUCCGGCGUGUAAUAGCGAAUAAACCUGUUGAGGAUAAUUUAAAACAUU